CAUUCAAAUUGACACCUGAGCGUCAUAUAAACCGAAAGCAAAAGCGAUCAAAAGAAAAGCAAAAAAAAUCAUCUCGAAUCUCUACAUCAAGAAAUUUGCUUUUCAUUCCGCUAUUUGCGAAAAAAUAACAUCAAAAUGUUGAUCAAAGUAAAAACCCUGACCGGAAAGGAAAUCGAAAUCGAUAUUGAGCCCACGGAUAAAGUCGAUCGGAUCAAAGAACGAGUGGAAGAGAAGGAAGGUAUUCCGCCGCAGCAGCAGCGGCUUAUCUUCUCCGGCAAGCAAAUGAACGAUGACAAAACGGCCCAGGAUUACAAAGUGCAAGGUGGUUCAGUGCUGCAUUUGGUGUUGGCACUGCGCGGUGGAAUUUAAAAUCUAACUCGGAAGUCUAACACAUAAGCAGCAAGUGAGAUGAAUUAAUGGAAAGCAGCGUAUUUUCAUAAGCCGGAAGCCUAGCCUAGGCGGAUUUUUGAUUGUUUUCAUUUGAAUUAUCUCUGUUUUACUUUAAUUGUGAGAAAAUAAAACAAUGUAAUUGUCAA